AUGGAAUUCCCUCAACUUGGAGCUCAUUGUAACAUUAAAUUCUGUAAUCAAUUGGAUUACCUGCCAUUCCAAUGUGACUCGUGUCAUUUAAAGUUCUGUUUGGAACAUAAAUCUCCACAAUCACAUCAAUGCAAACAUUAUGUACCAAAGGAGAGAAGGACACAACCAUGUCCAGUAUGCUCAGAGUUGUUGGUAAUUGGUAAAGAUGAUAAUACCGACGAGAUCGUUGCCAAUCACCUUGAGAAACAAUGUGGCAAAGCCGUCACUAAGAAGCCCUUAAGCUUCGCCUGUAAAUUCAAAGGAUGCAAGAACAAAGAGUUUGUCUCUGUUCUCUGUGAGCAUUGCAAAGAUAACUAUUGUUUCAAACAUCGAUUCCCAACUAGCCAUAAAUGUGAGUAUGAACCAAAGACAACGACACAAUCUCCUCCAACCUCACUCUUCAAGACAACUCCAAUAACUGCAACAACAACAACAAAGACAUUGGUUCAACCUACACCCAUCAAUGUACAAAGACAACAACAGCAACAACAAGAUUUAAGGAGUAUUAGAGAAAGACAUCAAGCUAGUUAUAACGCUGCACGUGCCCCAGCACCAGUUGCCAUAACUACACCACCUACUGCUGAGAUCAAUGUGUUGCUGACCAAUGGAGAAGUGCUCUCCAAGACAUUCAGAUGCACCGAUCAAUUCCGUGAGGUACAACGAUACAUUGAUGCACAUCGUACCGAUGGCAAGAUACCCUAUUCAAUCCUUGCCGAAGACAAUCAUCUCUUUGACAUCAGUGACACUCAUCUAACAUUGAAAGAUCUGAACCUAUAUCCACAAGCUACACUUGUACUUAUAGUUGGUUAA